AAAAGAACUUCCAGACUCACAUGAGGAUGCACUUUCAGAAGGGGCUGACUUACUGUAUCAAGUGUGGGAAAGGAUAUCACCCACUACCACAAAAACCAGCUAGACAAACACAUGGAGAAUCACACAGAUAAGUACCCAUGUAAACAUUGUGGUAGAGAAUUCUCCAGCCAGGCAGGAAGGACUAUCCAUCUCAACAGUCACAACAAAGAGAAACAAACCAGUAAACACCCAACAGAUAAGUUUCCCUGUGAGCAGUGUGGCAAACAAUUCUCAGCAGCAAGCAGGGCCCUUCAUCUUACCAUUCAUAACAGGGACAAAGAAACCAUUAACUGCCCUAUAUGUGACAGAGUUUUUGAAAAAAAUUUAGUUAAAUAUGAGAGUCACUUGAGGGAGCAUGAGUUAGCUACCCUGUUUUUAUGCCCCGUCUGUGGCCAUGGAUUUAGUACUAAAGGGGAGCUAACUUAUCAUCAGAAGAAACACCUCCAGAAGACAGAGGGGGCCAGUUCACAUGUACUUAAUGCUGUCCGGGGCCUGGUCAGUCACAGACAGUGAAGUGAGUUGAGACAGAGAAAA